UUAGAUCCACAUGGUUUUGCUUUGCAGAUUCACACUAUUAAAUCCAACUAUGGUGCGUAAUUAUAAACCAAAGCCUGGGUCCAGGCAAUAUAGAAAAUAUGACCCAGAAAUAAUGAAGAAGGCAUAUAAAGAGUUUCGUAAUGGUGAAGGCUCCUUGUGUAGUAUUGCAAGGAAAUAUAACAUUACCAAAUCGUGUUUAUAUGGCCGCAUCCAUUAUAAUAGAACUAAUGAAUCUGGCGGACGAAAAGCUUUUACUUUAGAGAGAGAAGAACAUAUUAUAAAAUACAUACAUGCUUGCGCACCGUGGCAAUACCAUCUACAGUUUUGGGAUUUAAGAUUGCUCAUAAAAUUUUAUCUGGACAGACGUCCGGUGAUUACUAAAAGGAAAUUAGAGAAUAAUUUACCAGGACAAGAACUUAUGAUGAAAUUGAUAAAAAGACAAGAAGAUACUAUAUCACAGAAAGUCAUUCAACACAUUAACGAUAACGGCGCAGUCACAGCUGAAGCUGUUCUCAGUUAUUUUCAUGAACUGAAAAUGUUGAUCAAUGAUCUGGAUCCGCAAAAUAUCGUUUGCUUUAAUGAUAUUUUAAUUAUAGAUGAAGUUGAUGAUAAUAAAAUAAAAGAAAACUUGAAAAUAAACAAUAUGCUUGUAAUGCUGGCAGCUUCAGCCGCAGGAGAGGUCUUAGUUCCUCUCAUUUCGUAUAAAGAGAAACCUUGUUAUGAGAAAACUCCAAGAAGAUCUAUAAUGUCCAAGCAUUUACAUGAAGAACGAAAACGGCUGAAUACAAGUAUUUUCGAAGAUUGGUUCAAAUCUAUCAUUGUCCCUUACUAUGAAGGAAAAUCAGGCAAAAAGUGCUUAAUAGGCGGUUUCUUUUCGUCGCGUAUUACUAAAGAUAUACUUGAAAUGUGCAAAGAACAAGAUAUACAUUUUGUAUUCUUGCCAGAUAACUCCAGUAACUUGACGCAACCUCUCUACAACCUAUCGCAACUGAUUCAAAAGACAUGGAGUAGUAUACUUCCUCAGGUAAAAAUAGACAGCAGUCAAUACACAAUCCCGAAACAAAGUUUCUUUGAAAUGACACAAAAUAUCAUUGCUAAUGCAACUGAUACAGUAUUAGAAGGUUUUGAAAAAACUGGAAUAAAGCCAUUUAAUCCAGAAGAAGUAUUGAAACAAUUGCCUGGUUAUAAUGAAACAAUUGAAGAUGUGGUUGAAGACUUUGAAAAGCGUGAAGCGGAAGCACAAGAAAUAUCAAUUCAAGUGAAAACAGAAAUAGAAUUUAGUGACCAAUAUAGUGACGAUAACUACGACGACGACAUUUCAAGCAAUUAUAUAGAGAAAAAAAACGCUAAAGAAGAAAAGCAAAACACUGACAGCUUAUCCGAAACUAAACAGCAUUAUGAUGAAAUACCUGAAGAUAAAAUGGAAUUAAAACUAUCACCUGUCGAUUUUCAAGAGGAUAUGGCAUGUGAAGAUGCUUCGAUAGAUUAUACGCCAAUAAAUACGAUGGUGAACAUUGACUACGUUCCAAGAUCAUCCAGAGGCCGUAAAUUAAAACUAAAAAGAAAAGAGGAUUUAUCUUCCGAUUCGGAUUACGCCCCGAUGCAGACAGGCAAACUCGCUCCAAAAAAACGCGCGGUCAACAAAAAACAAUCGACAGGGAAAAGGAACACCAAAGUUUCUAACAACGGUACAGAGGUAGAUCCGCUAUCGAGCGGUCAGAGCGGCACCUAUUUGCAAAUCAAUGAAAAUCAACUUGAAAACGAUACCUCCGUUACGCAAACGCAGCUGCUAGAAGCGAUCCUAUCAACCGUAAAUCGGCAAGAGAAGCUGCAAGAACGCGCCACCAUAGCCAUGGAAACGCAGGCUUCGGCGCUGUCGAAUAUCGCUAUGUUGUUGGAGCGAUUGGCGAAUAGUAACUUUAAGCCUGAAGAUAAUUUAGUUAAUACCUAACUGUGUUCGUAAAACGGGGUUACUUUGAUCGUGGGGUAAAAUUUAUCAAAGGUUUUAAUGUUAUAAAGAGCUGGUUUUUGGUUUAUUACUACAUAGUAGGCAAUAUUUCAACUGUAUCUAAUUAAUGUGUGAUGCCUCUCGCUCUUACAUAUGUGUUUCAUCAUCAGCUUGAGUAAUAACUGUAGCGUAAAAACGUAUCGUCGGGUGACAAGCAAAACUCACUAAGUACUAUCAAAAAAUUAAAGUAACAAUGCACUUUAUUACACUUGUAACACGGUUUAUUGUCCAAUAAUUUCAAUGAUGUUAGUUAGUGACUUUUCCUUGUCACCCGACGGUAUAAUAAAAUAAAAUAAAAUGUUAAUCAGUUGUCGGAAGAUGGCAGUAAAUUUACUGUGGCUACAAAAAUCACUUUGACAAUCCGCCUCUAUAUCCAAUUCUCUUUGAUAAAACAAAGGGUAAGUUAAGUCAAUUAUUUUGAUUGCAAGAAUAGAAGAGUCAAUGUUUAUGAUAAUAUGUAUAAAAUCUUCAAUUUUAUGAUCAAUAUCAUCAUUGCUCUCCGUGCUGUAUAAAAAGAGUAUAUGUAUAAGUAAAUGUAUAUGUAG